GUUUCGAGAAGGAGAAGGCACCCAUGACGUGCCUGCGUUUGUUUGUAGACAGCCAUAUCCAAAUCGCAUACGUCUGAACACAGCCUUCAAGCAGACAUCAACACAUCACAAAUCAAUAUGGAUCCAAGUCACGAAGAUCUUAUCGCUCAGUUCAGUGGUAUUACGGGUGCUUCACCUGCAAAUGCACAAACUGCUCUCGCCUCAUCCGACUGGAACCUCGAACAAGCCGUUACACUCUACUUCGCCUCUCAAGACGAUCCCGCCGAAGCCAGCUCCGACGAAGACGUAGAAGAGCAAGCCGUUCCAUCCCUACCAUCAACAACUCCCGCCGCCAACACCUCAUCAUCAUCAUCAACCAACCGUCCUCCACCCACAAAUCCAUCCAACAUGGUUCGCACUUUCCGUGAUCUUCAGAACGACGAUGACCAUGGCGACGACGACCAUGGCGAUCAAGACCCUCAGCAGGACUUCUUCGCUGGAGGCGAGAAGUCUGGUCUCGCCGUUCAGGACCCCAACAGACGCCCUCAGGAUCACUUCCGUAACAUUAUGCAGCAAGCCAGAGAAAAUCGCGCUCGUCCCGGCGAUGAAGAUGAAGACGAAGCGGCACCCGCCCAAGCCAGCGGUGCCUUCUCAGGCCGCGCACAAACCCUCGGCGGCGACGAUGCUCCCUCGCGUGUCAUCGAAGACCCCCAUGCCUCUGCUGCACCCACAAACGCCCGCUCUGCCCCGCCUCGUGUGAGCCGCACGCUGCACUUGUGGCAGGACGGCUUCAGUAUUGACGAUGGGCCCCUCCAUCGCUUCGACGACCCAGCAAACGCUCCCGUACUCGCGCUUAUCAAUCAAGGACGUGCCCCUCUCGCACUUCUCGGCGUUCAGCCAGGCCAAGAAGUUGACCUCCAGCUGGACCCACACAAGGACGAGAAGUACACGCCACCCAAGAGGCAGUACAAGCCCUUUGGCGGUGCUGGUCAGCGCCUGGGUUCGCCUACCCCUGGCCCCUCUGGCACCACACCCGCACCUGCUGCUGCCCCUUCCACAUCGACAGCUGCACCCGCAGCAUCUUCAGCACCCAAGGUUGAUGUUGACGAGUCACAGCCUACGGUUCAGCUGCAGAUUCGCCUUGGCGAUGGCACCCGUUUGGUAUCGCGCUUUAACACUAGCCAUACCGUCGGUGAAGUCUACGAUUUCGUCACUGCCAGCAGCGUUGCUAGUCAGAGCAGAGAAUUCGAGCUCAUGACUACCUUCCCCAACAAGGCCCUGACCGAUAUGGACGCUAAGUUGGAGGACUUGGCCGAACUCAAGCGUGGCGGCGUCGUGGUUCAGAAGUGGACUUAGACCCAUGGAGCAUGACCUUUCAAAAAGCCUGGAGUGGCUACGGCUUUGGUGUAAUAUUAGUAGCAUUCAUGAGCAUCUCAUAGUCCCAACACCGGGAAUUAGCAUCAGUCGAAAUGCACAAUGCUUUUCAAAUCACCACGUAUGUCCAGUGAAAGCGUGAAAAUUUCUCCAUCUCCUUGGACAAAUGUACAGAAACCAAAAGUAUUUUGCAUUGCGACAGGUGUUUUUGUCGCUGUAUAGGACCAUGGGAGUGAGAUAAUGUCAUCAAGAUGCUGUAUACGGAUGGUCACAGCACGUUUACUAGUGCAUAAGGUUGUGUCACGAGAGCUCUGUAACGCGUUCCGAACAUGCUGUUAUAUAACAAGUCUCCAAAACAUCUCAACAGAGACAUGC